AUGUCUCUUCACCAGGUUGGUGGAUACAUGGGAAUUUACGAUGGGCUAACAUUUGUGACGGUCCGAGCCACUGAUCAUGCGGUAAUCAAAUGUGGUGGUCCUCUGAAUCCAUGGCAUCUCCUUAUGCAAAGCGAGCGUAAAGGAGUGAAAGAUCUGGGCUUCACUUUGGACAAGUUGGAGGAUGAAUUCCUAUCUGGUCUUUCUAAUAAUACAAUCAGCAAGUUUCUUAAGGAGCUUACGUUGGAGCCACAUGUAGCCGGCACGGCAGAGGACCUCGCUACUGCAAAAUACGUUUUUGAUCAUUUUGAAGCUUCCGGGAUUGUGGCUCAUUACUCUGAUUACAGUGUGCUCCUCUCUUAUCCGAUCCGAAGAUCUCUAUCGUUGCACCUUCCUGAUGGUUCCUUGAAGGACUUCACUUUGAAAGAAGAGGCAGUCGAGGGCGACCCUUACAGCACUAAUCCGAAGGUGAUUCCAACUUUCUUCGCUUAUUCACCUUCUGGUACCAUCAGCAGUGAAGUUGUUUAUGUGAAUUAUGGUCGAGAAGAGGAUUUUCUCACUUUGAAGGAUGAAGGAGUCAAUGUAACUGGUACAGUGGUCAUUGCAAGGAUCGGGAAGAUCUUCCGAGGGGAUAUAGCUGCAAAUGCAGCAGCAGCAGGUGCAGCUGCUGCCAUAACCUACUCGGAUCCUUUCGACUAUGCAGGGAACGGAACUCAAGGUUACUAUCCUUCUUCACAGUGGUUGCCCCCAUCUGGUGUUCAACGAGGUUCCUUGUUUUUGACUAAUGGUGAUCCUCUUACACCUGGAUGGCCCAGUGUUCCGGAUGCUGAAAGGCUGGAAAUCUCCCAAGUGCAGUUUCCUAAGAUACCUGUGUUGCCAGUCUCGGCUCAGGAUGCGCUACCAAUACUGGAAGCACUAACAGGGAAGGUUGCUCCACAAGAGUGGCAGGGGGGACUACAACUGUCCUCAUACCGACUUGGGAGGGGUCCUGCUAAAGUCAAGUUGAGCUAUGAAGGGAAUUUGACGAUGGCUCCAAUCAGAAAUGUUAUAGGGAUGAUUACAGGGUCUGAAGAGCCAGACAGGUAUAUUUUGCUCGGAAACCAUCGAGAUGCAUGGACAUUUGGAGCAGCCGACCCCAACAGUGGCACUGCAUGUCUUCUUGAAAUUGCACGAGGAUUCGGAAACUUGCUGAACCUCGGGUGGCGACCGAGGCGAACAAUUAUUUUCUGUAGCUGGGAUGCGGAAGAGUUUGGCUUGAUAGGGUCAUCCGAAUGGGUUGAGAGGAAUCUCAAUUUAUUGGCUUCUAGAGCAGUUGCUUACCUUAACGUCGACACAGCAGUUGGUGGUCCUAAUUUUGAUGGACGUGCGACCCCCCAGCUGGACAAUAUACUGCUGGAAGUCACCAAGAAGGUGAAGGAUCCAACUUCAAAAUACGGGACAGUAUAUGAAGCUUGGUCUGCAUUGAACGGCCAUGGUACUCCUAACAUUGGAAGGCUGGGUAGUGGAUCUGAUUUUUCAGCAUUCUUGCAUCAUGCUGGUAUUCCUUCAUAUGACAUCCGAUAUCAAACUCUUUAUCCUAUGUAUCAUUCACUGUAUGAUGAUUACAACUGGAUGGAACGCUUUGGAGAUCCCAUGUUUCACCGACACGUUGCAGUUUCUGGAAUAUGGGGCCUGCUUGCAAUCCAUCUUGCUAGUGAUGCUGUUUUAUCCUUCAACUAUGCUAACUAUGCCGACGAGCUGGAGGCGGGUGCAAUGGCAUUGCAAAAGAAUUUGCUAUCAGAAAACAUCACAGCAAAUCCCUUAUUUCCUGCGAUAUCAAAACUGCGAGCAGCUGCUGCUCAAUUGGGAGCAGAAAUGAUUCAAAUGAAGAUAUAUGGGCCAUCAGGUAAGAAUCACUACAAUUCGCAGUUAUUUCCGGGUGUUUGUGACGCACUAGCUGCUGCAAUGAGUAUCAACAACAAGGCUAGCUGGAACGCGUUGCAGCAUGAGAUUUGGAAGGUAGCACGAGCAAUAACAAAUGUGGCUCAUUUCUUAAGUGGUGAACUUCAUUGA